CCUGCGUAAGCCCCUGACUGACUCAUUCACCCAUGGGAGUUUGAAGUGACAGAAUAAAUCUACAGAGACGAGGCUUAGGAUAACAUUUCAGAGAGCUGAGAGCGGACAGACACAUACACACAGACAAAUAGAGCUACAGCUGAGUGAGACUGCAGAGAGACAGACAGAUAUACAGCUCAUCCACAGAAAGACAAGAGUUGGAGUCAUUGUCAUGUUGGUGGUGUUACUGAUCCUGCAUGCCGUCUCGUGUGCCCAUUCUCACGGGCCGCCGGGUGCCGCCGUGCCUGUUAAGCAGUGCCCGUCUGCAUGCCAGUGUGAGGAGGAUGGCAUCCUGCUGCUCGUGGACUGCUCCGAACAGGGACUAUCCAGUGUGCCAACUGACCUAAGUCCUUUGACGUCUUACCUGGAUCUCAGUAUGAACAACAUCAGUGAGAUUCAGCCCAACGCUUUCCACAACCUGCACUUCCUCAGUGAACUGAGGCUCUCGGGCAACCACCUGAGACACAUCCCUGGCCCCGUGCUCCAAGGCCUCUACAACCUCAAAGUCCUGAUGUUGCAGAAUAACCAGUUAGAGAGAUUGCCCAGUGAAGACCCAUGGGAAUUACCCAAUUUGCUCUCUCUGCGUCUGGAUGCCAACCUAAUUAUGGAGGUGCCAGCGAAGACCCUCCUGGGUAUGCGGUCCCUGCGGCACUUGUGGCUUGAUGACAAUGCCCUGACGGAGAUCCCAGUAAGCGCCCUCAACGACCUCUCUUCGCUCCAGGCUAUGACCCUUGCCCUAAACCGCAUCACCCACAUCCCAGACUAUGCCUUCAGGAACCUCACCAACCUGGUUGUCCUGCAUCUUCAUAACAACAUGAUCCGGACCCUCGGACAGAACUGCUUUGAGGGACUGCACAGCCUCGAGACUCUGGAAUUGAACUUCAAUGACCUUCAAGAGUUCCCCGUGGCCAUUCGCACACUGGCCAAGCUUCAGGAACUGGGUUUCCACAACAACAACAUUAAGGCCAUUCCCGAGAGAGCGUUUGUGGGGAACCCACUUCUGCAGACCAUUCAUUUCUACGAGAAUCCAAUUCAGUUUGUUGGCAGAUCAGCAUUUCAGUUCUUGCCAAAGCUACACACACUCUCUUUGAACGGGGCCACUGAGAUCCGAGAGUUUCCAGAUUUGAAAGGAACCACCAGCCUGCAAGUUCUUACAUUGACCCGAGCUGGACUGACCGGCCUGCCAUACGACCUCUGCCACCUGCUGCCUAAAUUAAGAGUGCUGGAGCUGUCUCACAAUGUCAUAGAAGAGCUGCCGAGUUUCUACCACUGUGCCUCGCUUCAAGAGAUAGGCCUGCAGCACAAUCUGAUCAAACAGAUUGAGAUGAACACAUUCCAACAACUCAGCUCUCUGCGCUCAUUGGAUCUAAGCUGGAACAGGAUCAACACCAUCCACCCUGAUGCCUUUUCCUCUCUUCAGUCUCUCAUCAAACUAGAUCUCACUGGGAAUCGAUUGAGCAGUCUCCCACUAGCUGGGCUAACAAGCCUUACUCAUCUUAAACUGAAAGGCAACAUGGCACUCUCGCGUUCCUUCAGAGAGGAGGACUUCCCCAACAUAAGGGUAAUUGAGAUGCCAUAUGCCUAUCAGUGCUGUGUAUUUGGAGCCUGCAACAGCUACAAAGCAGCCAGUCAGUGGGAAGAACAGAUGGGCAGUGAAGAGGAAGAUCUCCAGAAGAAAGCGCUGUCCCUGUUCCCCAUUCACACGGACAACAACUAUGACCUUGACUUAGAGGAAUUCCAGUUAGCUAUUGAAGAGUCCAAACUACAAACCAGCAUACAGUGUACCCCCAUCCCAGGUCCAUUUAAACCAUGUGAUAACCUGUUUGACAGUUGGGUGGUACGGCUUGGCAUGUGGCUCAUCUCUUUGGUCUCGCUGAUGGGAAACAGCCUUCUCCUCUUGACUGUCUUUGCAUCCCCCAGCUAUCUCUCCCCUGUUAAGUUCAUCAUCGGCACCAUCAGUGGCGCCAACCUGCUUACGGGCCUGUGUACCGGCACCUUGGCACUGGUUGACGCCCGGACAUUUGGAGAGUUCGCCAUGCAUGGAGCUCAAUGGGAAAUGGGUGCAGGUUGCCAAACAACAGGCUUUCUUUCAGUACUAGCCUCGGAGGGCUCCAUACUCUUCCUGACUUUGGCUGCAGUGCAGUGCAGUGUGUCCGUGUCGUGUGCUCGUGCCUACGGAAAGUCGCCCUCCCUGGGAAGUGUGCGAGCCGCCUCAGUGGCGUGCUUAGCACUUUCAUUGGCAGUCAGCGCUUUGCCACUAAUUGGGGUCGGGGAGUACGGGGCCACUCCACUCUGCACGCCAUCUCCACUGCCGGAUGGCGAACCUUCCACCCUGGGUUUUAUGGUCGCUCUGAUAAUGAUGAACUCCCUGUGUUUCCUGGUGAUCACCGGGACUUACAUCAAACUGUACUGGGACCUGAUGAAGGGUGACUUCGACAGCAUUUGGGAUUGUGCCAUGAUCAAGCAUGUGGCUUGGCUCAUCUUCACCAACUGCCUGCUCUACUGCCCCGUAGCCUUCCUCACCUUCUCCUCCCUUCUGGGACUCUUUCCUGUGAGUGAGGAGGUUGUCAAAUCAGUCGUCCUGGUACUACUGCCUCUUCCUGCAAGCAUCAACCCCCUGCUCUACCUCCUCUUCAAUCCACACUUCCGCGAAGAUGCACGUCUCCUUUUUAGCAGAGCUCACCACCAUCAUGACCGCAACCUGGAUUCCUUCAUCUCGGUUGACACGGAGAAAAGCUCAUAUGACUCCACUCAAGCCCUGGUGUCCAUUGCCGCUGAAGCAGAUGCAGUGUUCGAGAGUUCAUCAGCACCAAACCCAGAGACAGUCACCCGGUUUUCCUGCCCACCCUCAGUGCCUCUCAUCCCAUGCCAGAUGCAGAUGAAACCCUCAACAGAGAGGGAGAGCACUGGAGAGAACCUGGUCAGGUCAACACCAGGACUCAUCACCAAAGAGCAGGAGCAUUUUAGAAGCAGUGGGCUGGAAACUCAUAAUGGCACCUUCUUUUCUGGAGUCUACCACUCCCCACUUCUCUCAGCUCAUUCUUAAGUCUUCUCCUAAACUCUAAAGUUUUCAAGGACUCUAUGAGUGUGAGAAGUUGCGAGCCCACAUAUGAACUGACCCCUAAAACCUUCAGAGCUGACGAACAAUGAACUGUUUUAAUGUGGGACUAUAUACAACUGUACUGUCCCAACUGCUACAUGGCAUAUAAAAAAGAAAAAAGAAAAAAAAAAGAAAAGCCUACUCACAUUUUGUGACACAAUCUUGUGGGCCAUUCGGUAAUUUAAGAAACAAUCUUAAAUGUUCAAAAACAAAUAUGCAUUUAUUUUUUGUAACUUUUUAACUUGUUUUUGUAAUUAGGCUUAAAGGAAUGUUCCGGGGUCAGUAUCAUUACCAUCCAGGGAAUACUGAGGAUUUUCAAAUAAAAGAAUUUUCCAUUCAACUCCCUUCAUAAAAACAUUUAAAUUCACACUGUAUCUAUAAAACAGUUUUACAUAAUUACAAAUCCGCCAACAGAAAUUAUUUUGGUAAUGCAUAACCAGAAAUUAAUCUUAUGGAAGCUUAUUUCUGCGACAAAAUAAAACAUAAAAAGGUUAUUACAACAUUUUAUAUCACAAGUCUGUCUUUUUUUCUCACAAUUGCGAGAUAUAAACUCACAAUUGCGCAUUGUAAAGUCAGAAUUGUGUGAUAUAAAUCAGAAUUGCAUGAUAUAAAGUCAGAAUUACAAGAUUUAAACUCAUAUUUAGGACUUCUCGCAAUUCUGACUAUAACGCAAUUGUGAGUUUAUAUCAUGCAAUUCUGACUUUAUAUCACACAAUUCUGACUUUAUAUCUCGCAAUUGCGAGUUUAUAUAAAAAAAGUCAGAAUUAUGAGAUAAAAAGUCGUAAUUACCUUUUUAAUUUUUUUAUUUAGGGGCAGAAACAAGCUUCCAUACAUCUCACAAUUCUGACUUCUUUUCUCAGAAUUGAGAUAUAAACUCAAUUGUGAGUUAUAAAGUCCAAUUCUGAGGAAAAAAAGACUGACCCUUUUCUCAGAAUUGCGAGUUUAUAACUCACAAUUCUGACUUUACAACUGGCAAUUGCGAGUUUAUAUAAAAAAAAGUCAGAAUUGUGAGAUAAAAAGUUGCAAUUAUUCCUUUUUUAUUCAGUGGUGGAAACAAGCUUCCAUAGAAUCUAUCUAGAACAGUAGUCGCACAGCUAAAAUGAUUCAGACAGCUUGUUUUGAACCUGGAACAUUCCUUUAAUUUGAAAAAAAUCACAGGGAUGUUUGCUGAUGUAAAAAAAGGAGUUAUGUAUCUAAAUAUUUCAAUGUGAAAAAGGUCUCUGCAUAAAGCUCAGUUCUUAUGUCAUGUAUCUAAAGCAUUAUGCAUUCAUUUCCAAGUGUGUAUAUAUAUCAAAGUCUUGUUAAUUAUAUGCAAGUUGUUACUUGCUUAUGUGCCCCUAGUGAAAAAAAAAAAAAAAAAAUGUACGGGAAGGUAAAUACCUAUGUAUAUUGUCAAAUAAUAUUUAGUGUCUUGAGAAACAACAACAAAAGCAUCAUACCAAGAGAUGCUUAAACAUAAGGCCAGAAACAUACUCUCUGCAAGUACACAAAAGGCUUGGCCAACGGUUCCUGUCCAACUCUACAUAUUUAACAUGCAUUGUGGUGGCAAGAAACCUCGAGAGAACAGAGUUACCUUCAAAUGUCUGUGCCAUAAAUUCAGGUGUCUAGCUAUAAACAUGCUGACAACUCAUUUUAACUAAUUGACUUUCUUCAAACCAUUGCUUCAACAUGACAGAAGUUGAUCUAGGAGACAUUUUGCUUAUUCAUACCACAAUCCACCUGCCAGUAACUGCAAUGCAGUAUGUAUUAAAAUGAGUUAAAAUGUAAAUCGUAAUUCAACACAGCAUGAACAUCAAGCUUGUGAAGUUAGAAGCACUGCAUUCACGUACUUGCAUAGACUAUGUCUGAGCCUCACAACAUAUAUUUUCAGAGUUGCAUUUCCUUUUUUACAUCAAGUUAACAGGAUUAAGGAAGAGCAAAAAGUUAAAUGAACAUGUCAGUGCUAAGAUAUAAAAGGAACUAUGAAUGAUUUGAUUAGGUCGUAAUAAAGCUUGGUCGGGAUCUUUUACAGAUUGUAAAGUAGGCUAGCUAUUGUAUUGUAAAAUAUAACUACCUCUGAUCUAGCAUGCUAUACCUUUUUUAUCCGUAUUGAUUUCUAUUCUUUUUAUAUUAAAUGUAUAUUAAAAUGUAAUUUUUUAUAUUGAAAUUUUAAGAUCUUUGUACAACAGACACUAUUCUGGAUGUAAAUAUUUUCAUAUUUCUGUACACAUGUGAUAAAGAAUGAUUUAAUAAAGUUAUUAGUUUCAUAAAUGUA